GAAUUCCAAAUUCUUUUCCUCUCCCCCUUCUCCAAACCCUAGCCCUAGAUUUCUUCCCCAACAGUUUCUUCUGUUUCUUCCCGAUAAAUUUCUCGGUUUGUGGGAAAAUAUGCAGAAAGGGGUGCAAAUGGAUCUGCCUCGAGAAGUCGACGAGUAUAUCAAAGAGUCGAUUGAUCACUCGUUAGGGCUUCCGAUUUCUACGGAUACUCUGCAGCAGAAGCUCCGGACGUCCGAAGAAUCGCAGCGUCGCCUUCGUGAUCAGUAUCUUGCCUUGGUUUCCAGGUUGAAAGAGAAAGAUCAACUCAUCGACCGCGCUAGGGCCGAGGCGAGUAUAAAUGCUCAGGCUUUGAAGAAAUUCGUGGACGAGAACCAGAAAUUGGCUGCUGAGUGUGGGAAUUUGUUGAAUCAGUGUAAGAAAUGGGAAGGAGAGUGUUUACUUUACCAUCAGGAUCGCGAGGCACUGAUGGAUUUUGGGAACGAAGCGGAUGAAAGGGCUAGGGAGGCUGAAACUAGGGUUCGCGAGUUGGAGGAGGAAGUGGGGAAAAUGACUGAACAUCUUCAAAUUUAUAAGAAACGAUACGAGAAUAGCGAAGACGACAACUGCCAGGGCGCACGGCCGGAAGAAAAUUUCCUUGAUUCAGUUUUAGCAUCAUUGAUAAGCAAAGAUGAAACAGUUGCAGGACGGCUCUUUCUGGAGGCAAAUGUUAAAGAGGAACUCUGUCAAAAUUUGUUGAGCAUGUGGAACCGUCUGAGGCCAUCGACGCAAAAAGUACUGUCAUUGAUUGCCCAGGCGAAGAAACUCGAGAAGGAAAAAGAAUGCCUCAUUCUGAACCUCAGCAAAGCCGAGCAAGAGGUUGAACUUGUGAGCAAGCAAAACAGAAAGCUGGACAAGGAGAACCGCAGGUUGUUGAGGCAACAGCAACGAGAAUGCAGCCCGCUUUGUUCUGCAGAGAAGAAUCCCGGCAGCGCAUCUGCCAAGUCGAACAAGAGGAAAUCGAGUCCGAAGACGAUGAGCAGUCCGGUUGAGAAGAAGAUCGAGUUCAGCAGCCCAGAUGUUGCGGCCCGGAAGCCGCUUUCGCCUGUGUGGCAUAAUUCUCCUGAAUCAAGGAUGAACAAGAAGUAACUGUGAGUUACGACAUUCUUGUAGUCUUUUUUUCAUGUUGUCUUGAUGGUGAAAUAGAGUUAGGUAUAUAUAAUAUGUCUCUCUACUCUGAUGCUCAAACUUUUGUAUCAAAAAAUAGACGUGUGAAUUGUUUCAACGUAUCCCUCAAGGGGCAUUGCGAGAAUGGAGAAUUGCUCGAGUCUCCUCUAAUGUUUUCC